AUGGAUCGGUCCCUUGGAAACGAUUGUGGUCACAUAUUUUUUGUGGCAAGAAGUAGGAGUGUCAUCAAUAUUUGGAGUAGGCGCGUUACUUAUGUUUAUUCCUCUACAGGAUGGUUGGGGAAAAAAACUUCAGAACUUCGACUGAAGACGGCUAUCCGGACUGACGAGAGGGUUCGUUUGAUGAAUGAAAUCAUUUCGGGCAUACAAGUAAUUAAAAUGUAUACUUGGGAAAAGCCUUUCGCCUACCUUGUACAAUACGCUAGAAAGAAAGAAAUUCAACAAAUUAGGGGAUCCUCUUACAUCAGAGGAGUCUUGUUAUCGUUCAUAGUAUUUCAUACUAGAAUGCGUUUAUUCUUCAGUAUUUUGACGUAUGUGCUGCUUGGAAAUUUUAUUACCGCCCAAAAAGUUUUCGUCAUAACUUCGUACUUCAAUAUAUUGCGGACAACGAUGACUGUAUUUUUCCCUCAAGGUAUUGGACAAAUAGCCGAGAUGUUAAUAUCCAUUAAACGCCUACAGAAUUUUCUAUUGUAUGAAGAAAAAAACACUCAAGUGGCAAAUCGUUCAAAGGCCGACAAAGCUUCAAAUGGUGUUAGAAAACCAAUCAUUAUUAAUGACAAUAAUACAUCCCCACUGAAUGAUCAAAAUGACCCUGAACAAUUAGGCAAUUUAGGCAUAGUUGUAUCUAAUGCUACUGCUAAGUGGACAGAUGCUCAAACUGAAAAUUCUUUAGAAAAUAUCAAUCUAACAGUAAAACCUGGUAGAUUGGUCGCAGUCAUUGGUCCUGUAGGAGCUGGAAAAAGUUCAUUAUUACACGCAAUUUUACGAGAAUUACCACUUUCCGAAGGAAGUAUUUCUGUGCGUGGUGUAGUAUCUUAUGCAUCACAAGAACCGUGGUUAUUUGCCGGAUCAGUUCAACAAAACAUUCUAUUUGGUUUGCCAAUGGAUAAGGAACGUUAUAGAAAAGUGAUAAAAGUAUGUGCAUUGAAAACAGAUUUUGAACAAUUUCCUUAUGGCGAUAGAACAAUUGUAGGAGAAAGAGGAGUUUCACUUAGUGGUGGACAAAGAGCAAGAAUUAAUUUAGCUAGAGCUGUUUAUAAACCAGCGGAUAUUUACUUAUUGGAUGAUCCUUUAUCUGCUGUAGACACUCAUGUUGGCAAGCAUUUAUUUGAGAUAUGCAUUAAAGGUUAUCUGAAAGAAAAGACUUGUAUUCUUAUUACUCAUCAAUUACAAUAUCUAACUAAAGUUGAUCAAAUUAUUUUAAUGGAAAAUGCAAAUAUAUUAGCUGAAGGUUCAUAUCAGGAACUUCAAACUUCUGGUUUAGACUUUACAAAACUACUUGGAUCUUCAGUAGAAACAAAUGUUGUAUCAGAUAAUGAAUCUAAUUCUAAAUAUGAGAGUACCCAUACAUUAAGUCCUCGUACUAUUUUAUCAAGGCAAGUUUCUAUCCAAAGUGUUGCCUCAUCCAUUGAUGAGACCAAACUCGGAGCACAGGAAGAACCAAUCGAAAUAGCUGAAACUCGUUCAUCUGGAAAUAUUUCACUUACUGUAUACUCAUCAUAUUUUUCUGCUGGUGGAAAUGUUUGUAAAAUAUCAUUUUUAUUAUUUAUGUGUGUUUUCACCCAAGUCUUAGCAUCUGGUGGAGAUUAUUGGAUAACAUACUGGGUCAAUCUAGAAGAACUUGUUUUUCGUAAUACAAGUAGUAUAAAUGAUAAAUUGAUAUCCAUAGAUAAUAAUAGUACAACUACAUCGACGGCUAGUGUUAUGACUAAUCAAUUGUUGUGGUGGACAAUUUCACGGCAAACUUGUAUCAUAGUUUUUGCUGUCUUAACAUUUUCUAUGAUAUUGGCUACCCUUGUCAGGUCUGCUACAUUUGUAUCGGUUUGUAUGAGAGCAUCUAUGAAUUUGCAUAACAAGAUGUUCAAUGCUAUAACCAGAGCCACAAUGUAUUUUUUCAACACUAAUUCAUCUGGACGAAUUCUCAAUCGAUUUUCAAAAGACAUGGGCGCAAUUGACGAAAUGUUACCAGUAGCUUUAAUGGAUUGUAUUCAAAUUGGAUUAACACUAAUGGGAAUCAUCAUUGUUGUUGGAAUAGUUAACGUUUAUCUUAUGAUACCAACUUUCAUAGUUGGAAUAAUCUUUUACAAAAUUCGAGUUUUCUAUUUGUCAACUUCUCGAAGUGUCAAACGAUUGGAAGGAGUUACACGAAGCCCUGUAUUUGCACAUUUGAAUGCAUCUUUACAAGGUUUAACAACAAUUAGAGCAUUUGAAGCUGAGCAAAUUUUAUCUAAAGAAUUUGACAACCAUCAAGAUUUACAUUCUUCAGCAUGGUAUUUAUUUAUAUCUUCAAGUAGAGCAUUUGGUUUUUGGUUGGAUGUAGUCUGCCUUAUCUAUAUAAGCGUAGUAACAUUCAGUUUCUUAAUUAUGGGCAGCAAUACAUUUGGAGGAAAUGUUGGUCUGGCUAUUACUCAAGCAAUUGGAUUGACCGGUAUGUUCCAAUGGGGAAUGAGACAAUCAGCAGAAUUAGAAAAUCAAAUGACAUCAGUUGAAAGAGUACUAGAAUAUACAAAUGCCCCACAGGAAGCUGCUCUUGAAUCACCUCCAGAGAAAAAACCAUCAAAGGAUUGGCCUCAUAAAGGACAAAUCAUGUUCAAAAACUUUUAUUUGCGUUAUAGCCUAGAUACACCGCAUGUUUUGAAAGAUCUCAAUAUUAAGAUUGAAUCAAUGGAAAAAAUCGGGAUUGUUGGUAGGACUGGUGCUGGAAAGUCAUCCUUGAUAGGAGCAUUGUUUAGAUUGGCUGUAAAUGAAGGUUCCAUUUUUGUCGAUGAUUUAGACAUUAAUAAUUUGGGACUACAUGAACUUCGGUCCAAACUUUCAAUCAUUCCUCAGGAACCAGUUUUGUUUUCAGGAACAAUGCGAAAAAAUUUAGAUCCUUUUGAUGAAUACCCAGAUCAUGCUCUUUGGAAUGCUUUAGAUGAAGUUGAACUUAAGGAUGCAGUUGAAGAUUUACCUGGUGGCUUAAACUCAAAAAUGUCUGAAGGUGGUUCAAAUUUCAGCGUUGGUCAAAGACAAUUAGUGUGUUUGGCUAGAGCUAUAGUGCGGAACAAUAAAAUCCUUGUGUUAGACGAAGCCACUGCUAAUGUUGAUCCACAAACUGAUGCAUUGAUUCAAAAUACAAUUAGGAAUAAGUUCAGAAUGUGUACGGUCUUAACAAUCGCUCACCGUUUGAAUACUGUUAUGGAUUCUGACAAGGUUCUUGUAAUGGAUGCUGGCAAGAUGGUUGAAUUUGAUCAUCCGCAUAAUUUGUUGAAAAACAAAGAUGGGUUUUUAUACAAAAUGGUGGAUCAAACCGGAAAGACUACAGCUGAUUUGUUGCAUAGUGUAGCUGCCGAGAGCUAUAGAAACCAGCAGUUGACAAGAGAAUCUCCAAUCAAAUUAAUUGACGAAGAUGUAGAUGAUACGAGUAGGAAUACCUAG